AUGGCUGAGAUAUGCCCCGAUGUCCUCUGCCAACAAGAUGGUACAUUGAGAAGGGACACUGCAGUCAAGGAAAACCAAAAGAACAGGACACCAGUGGACAAUCUAACACUGACCUCCACCAACACCGACUUCGCCUUCAGCCUCUACAAGGAACUGGCUUUGAAGAAUCCAGAUAAAAAUAUUGUCUUCUCUCCGUUCAGCAUCUCAACAGCCUUGGCCAUCCUGACCCUGGGAGCAAGGAGCAAAACCCUGGAAGAGAUUCUAGAAGGUCUCAAGUCCAAUCUCACAGAGACCUCUGAGGCAGACAUCCACCAGGGCUUUGGGCACCUUCUCCACAGGCUCAGCCAGCCAGGGGACCAGGUGCAGAUCAGAACAGGGAGUGCCAUGUUUAUUGAAAAGCACUUAGAGAUCCUGGCAGAGUUCAAGGAGAAGGCAAGGGCACUAUACCAGGCUGAGGCCUCUGCAGCUGACUUCCAGUAUCCUCAUGAGGCCAAAAAGCUCAUCAAUGACUAUGUAAGGAAACAGACUCGGGGGAAGAUCAAGGAACUGAUCUCUAACCUGGAUAAGAGCAUAGUAAUGGUACUGGUGAAUUACAUCUACUUUAAAGGGAAAUGGAAGAGACCAUUUGAUCCUCAUGACACAUUCGAAUCUGAGUUUCAUCUGGACAAGAAGAGGUCUGUGAGGGUGCCCAUGAUGAACAUUGAAGACCUGACCACACCCUACUUCCGGGAUGAGGAGCUGUCCUGCUCUGUGGUGGAGCUAAAAUACAUAGGGAAUGCCAGUGCCCUGUUCAUCCUCCCUGAUGAAGGCAGGAUGCACCAGGUGGAAGCCAGCUUGCAACCAGAGACCCUGAAGAAAUGGAAGGACUCUCUGAGGCCCAGGAAGAUUGAUGAGCUCUACAUGCCCAAGUUCUCCAUCUCUACUGACUACAGCCUGGAGAAAAUCCUUCCAGAGUUAGGCAUCAGGGAAGUCUUCUCCGAACAGGCUGACCUGUCUGGGAUCACAGGGGCCAAGGACUUGAGAGUCUCUCAGGUGGUCCACAAAGCUGUGCUGGAUGUAGCUGAGACAGGCACAGAAGCAGCUGCUGCCACAGGAUUCAAAGAGGUCCUUUGUUGUGCAAAUUUUAUAUCUAUGACAGUCCAUUUCGACAGGCCAUUCCUGAUGUUCAUCUCUGAAACAGAUACUCAGACAACCCUCUUUCUGGCCAAAAUCUCCAAUCCUAAGUGAGGUUAGAGCUUCCCAAGUGGAGAGGCUUCUGCUCAGGAGCCCAGGCAGAAGCCUGCAUAUGGAUGUGUACAUCCUGAACUUCAUGUUCUGAUUGGCUUUGUAUACCUGGUUUGGACAGUGACCUUGUCUAGCUCCAUGACUCCUACAUACACAGGAGCCUUGGACUGUGAGUGACAGGCUCUCAGGCCUCUUGGGAGCACCUGAUCAUUUUUCUGAACCUGGAAUCUAUCUUUAUGCCCUCUCCCUGCUCACUCACCUGUAUUGGACUGUACCCCAAAUGUGGGCACUAUCAAGUAGGUUCAGUCCCAGUAUAGUCUCUAGACACAUCCGCCUCCAGCUUCCAUAGCCUUGAUGGGGUCAUGCAAGCUCACAGGCCAAUCCAUGAGGACCAGGACCAGGACUGAGAAGGGAAGCUGCUGCACCGAAUCUCACUCCUGCAUCUGGUGCCUCCUGGAGACAAGUUCUUGCCUUGUGCUUUCCUUCCUCCAGGCCCUCGACUCUGCCACCCACAGCCCUUUGCUGCAGAUGCUGGCCUUGCACAUAUCUGGCCCACUGUUGGAGCCUUCACUCAUUUUGAGGGGCUUAUUGGUCAGACCAGCUCCUUUUCCCCAGCACUCCUAUUUAGGGCACAGUACCCAUUUUCUAGGUUGGCAACUGAUGACCCUAACAUGAUAGACAUCUCCACCUUCAUCACCCAAAGUGCAGGGUUUGGAGCAAAGGAUCAAUAAAAAUAUAAUUCACUCAG